AUGGCAACAUGUUCAAUAAGUAGCGAUUCCACUGAAGAAAUAAAUGAUCCAGGUGCCGCACCUUAUGGCAACUUUAUGAACUAUUACACCUUUAAUCCUCCAGAGAACCGCUUGAGUCUGAUUCCGUCCACACUCCUUCAGGAUUUAGGUUACAGCGACGACCAUGGGACCACACUGAUCCUGGAUGUUGGAUGUAAUUCUGGGGACCUGAGUGUCGCAUUUUAUAAGCAUCUGGUGAAAGAGCCCGUGUGUGGAGAAGAGUCAGACAGGAGCAAAGUUCAUCUCCUGGGCUUCGACCUGGACGAGGCUCUUAUUCAGCGGGCUCAGCAGACCAACCCUCUGCCCAGCAGCAUCUCCUUCAUCCCUCUGGACAUCACUACAGACACCAACCAGCUGCAGGAUUACCUCAACCAGCGUAGCUGCUCCCGCUUCCACCUGAGUCUGUGCCUGGCUGUCACCAUGUGGGUCCAUUUAAACCACGGAGACUCUGGCCUGCUGCAGCUGAUUUCACGCCUGGCCUCUCUCAGCCAGCACCUCCUACUGGAGGCCCAGCCUUGGAAGUGCUACCGCUCUGCGGCCCGGCGGCUGAGGAAGCUGGGACGCUCAGACUUCGACCAUUUCAAGAUGCUGAAAAUUCGUGGGGACAUAGCAGAACAUGCCAGGGAGCAUCUGGAGAGGCACUGCGGCAUGGAACUCAUCCGGAGCUUUGGCAGCACUGCAUGGGAUAGAAAACUGCUGCUAUUCAGAAGGAAAUGAUACAGAGGGACAAUGUCAAGUUUUCAUCUGCUGCACAGGAACUGCAGGGAGAUUAUCAGGAAGACAAGAUCAAGAGACAAAUGGGGGAAUGGGAGAAAAUAGGGUUGAAGUAGCUGACUUACAGUAUUUAACAUCAAUUUGGAUAAUUCAUCAUACAAUAAAUUUUUAAGAUAAAGGUUAAAAACUUCAAUAGUUUCAGCUUUUGAAAAGUGAAGAUUUGUAUUUCUUUAUCUUAAGUGAGUAUUCUUGGUUUCACAAAAGAAGCAAACCGAAGACAUCCCCAUGGGCUCUGGAGACUGAGGAUUUUUUACAUUUAUUAAGUAUCAUUUUAUGGACCCAACUAUUAAUCGAAUGCAUCAAGGAAACUGGCAGAUUGAUCUAUAAUGACAAUUAGUACUUCAACUUACAAUUAUUCUCAUUUAUCUUUUAGUCUGAAUGUCAGAAAGUAGUGAAAAUAUCCAUCACAAUUUCCAAGAGCCUGAGGUGACAUCCUGAAAUAUCUUGUUUUGUCUGACCAAUGUCCCAAAACUCCCAAGAUAUUCAUUCAGCAUUGAUAUAAAAGUGAGAGAAAAGCAGCAAAUCCUCAUGCAUACUGAAUAAGCUGGACUCAAAGAACCCUUUGCACAAAAAAAAUGAAAUAAUUUGAUCAGUCAGUUAUCAAAAGUAUUGCCAAUUCAACUGGGAGUUACAGCUCUAGAGUAAAGCCAAACUGGCAGCUGUAGCUAUUAACAUUUAAACGAUAUUUAUAGCUAAAACUGGAAGUAAAUUAUUUGUAAUUCAUUUAAAAACACUUGACUGUAAUUAAACUGCCUCAACACUGAAUUAUUUUAUUAAAAUAACUGUUUUAACUGUUCACUUUAUGAAUGCGCAAUCAGUACCGUGCAGAUUAUAUAAUAAAACACUGUUUUUUCAUAAUAAAGCGGCAAUUCCCUUCUUUAUCAGCUGA